CAACCGCGUCCUCGUCCCCCGCCUUCACUUCACCUUUCCUGAACCAUCGCGAACUAUGUCUAACGCCGCAGGUGACCCGACCGCCACUGGCAACACUUCUGUGACCAACUCUCCCGACAAGGGCAAGGGCAAAUCCAAGGAGCCUGCCUCCGCCGACGUCUCUAUGGAGGUGGAAGAGGAAGAGGAGGAAGAGGAAGAUGACGACGAGGAAGAAGAGGAGGAAGAGGAGGAAGAGGAAGACGACACCUCCGAGCUUGAUCCCUCUGCCAUUCUCCCCCAGGGCCGGCGAACUCGGGGUGUCCGCGUGGAUUACACUUCUACCGCCGCGCUCGAGAAGGCCGGCCUCAAGGCCGGUGAUGACGAUGAGGACGAAGAUGAAGAGAUGAAAUAAAUGCGCUUCGUUUACAUGUGGGCCGUCAGACGGGUCCUUCUAGCGCGUUUGUGCCCUUCUCCGACGUGUCCGCAUCAAAAGGAGCGGAUGAAAAUGUUGGCCGACUCGGAUGCCAUUUAGUUGUAGCAGCCACUCCGUACACCUAGGUGCCCAGUAAUAGUUGUGGAUCCUGCUUUCCGUUUCGAAUUUCAUCUUGUGGCUUCACCUUGCUGCGUUGAUAUGUUUGAUGCCCGAUCACAUCUAUUUCCAGAGUUUCAUCCUGUACCAAGGAACUGGCAGGAUUCCAUGUCUCAUCGAAUCCUCCGCCAACCGGACGCAUAUAUGCACUAUCC